CCCCUCCUCGGUUUCUCUCUCUAAAAAUACAGUCGCGCUUUCUCACUCUAAAAACACUCUGGGUGGCUUUCUCUCUCUCUUGGACACAGGCAGGGACAUCUGUUUCUCUAACAUAUGGAGCCCUUUCUCUCUCAUCGACGCACGCAGACAGUCGCUACUCUCCUUUUCUCCCUGCGCAGCUCUGUUUUUCUCCCUAUCUCUCUGUGUGGCUUCGCCUAUCGUUUUCGAUGACAGAAACCCUCGUGAAGUGCAUGUGGAGCUUGCAGAGAGAUCUGAGAUUUAAUAAUUGAAACGGCUCGCUCUGCUUUUCAAUUCAGUGGCUUUGAGUGGGAAAAGUGCUUCGGGAGAAUUUUGCAAGUUUGUUCAGCUAUCAAUGGAAAAGGGUUUAUUGUAAUUAAAAAUAAAAGCUUUGUCUAUGAUGGAGGAUGUUUGAUUGCUUGGAUUUGGCAUUGGCGUGGGCUUUCCCACAUAUUGAGCCGAAUGUCAUUUGAGUGUCAUGGUUUCAAUGCCAUAAUUGAGAAGAUUUGAAACUGUUGGAGAGCAUAAAAAUGCAAUAUCUUUUGAUUUCUUUCCUUAAUCCACAAAAAAUUCCAGUUUCGGACACAUUUAUGUUCUGAUCAUGACCAGGGCUGUCCGUGAUAGGAUUCUCAAGGAUGCAAAUGGUGAUAUUAGUGAUCAUCUGCGCAACCAUAUUCAUUUGACGAAUUGUAUUCACCUGAAAAACCAUAUGCACAAGCAUAGCCCCAUAUUGGCUGACAGGUCGAUUAUGAGGGACCUUAUUGUCCUUCAGAGGUCACGGUCUCUUAGGGACCCUUCAACAAGUCCUCCUUCAUGGCAUUCGCCUUCUGUUAUUGAUUUGCUUUCUAAGAAAGUUGAAAAUGAUGCUGUGAGUCGAGAGGGGAGGAGGUCGGUUGGAAUUGAGCGCCGGAGGGAGGGUAGAAGAUUGUCAGGAAGCUCACCAACUGUGGCAAGUUUAGCAACAUCAAAAGUUGCUCCUGGGGAGGUUGUUGGGGGCAAUAAUGGAAUAGCAGCAAUGAGUGAGCGUAGUGGCAAGAGUGGGCUUCGGGAUGGUAGAAGAAUUAAGAGAGAAGAAUCUAGCCGGAGGAGCAUGAGGACUGAUCUUUUGGGCGGCUAUGAAGAGCCUUCACAAGAUCAGGAUGGUAAUGAUUCAGUUAAUGAACUUGUUUCUGGAAACUCCGAAUCAAAAGAUAAAAGAGUUAAACAGAAGGGCAAGCUUCGCCAAGAAGUUCUCCUCAAGACUCUAUCUGAGCAGUUGAAGGAGUUCCCAGUGGAUAGUGAUGCAGCAUCUUCUCAUAUCCAUCUCCAAGGAAGACGUACCCGGAAAGAGAGAACCGGAGAGGAACCAGAAGCCAGCAUCCGAGGCUACUGCAGUGGAUUGAAUAGGAUAAAAAAGCGCAAGUUUCGAGGUGCAAGAAGAAAUCGGGCUGCUAUAGGCUUGAGAGAUAUUGGAGCUCAAAAUGAAUUGUCUGUGGCCUCCAAUUCAUUCGCUCAAGGAUCAGUGUGCCUGAAGAAUGAGAUGGAGGAGGAAAGAGAAGAGUAUGGUGAGCGAAAUGUCACAAGGGCUCCUAGAAAUGGGUGUGGAAUUCCUUGGAAUUGGUCAAGAAUUCAUCAUAGAGGUAAAACAUUCCUUGACAUGGCUGGGAGGAGUUUGUCUUGUGGUUUGUCUGAUUCAAGACUAAGGAGAGGGGGGUCAGUUCCCCAAGGAAGAGAUGUUUCUGAUAUGCCUAUGGCAUCAGAUCACUCAAGUGCAUCUACUAAAUCUGAUGCAGAGGCACUGCCUCUACUAGUUGAGGCAUCUGGAUCUCAGGAAAGCACUGAAAAUGCUGCUUGGGUGCAUGACUAUUCUGGGGAGCUGGGAAUUUUUGCUGAUAAUCUAUUGAGGCAUGAUAUUGAUUCUGACCUUGCUUCUGAAGCUAGAUCUGGUGACCAACGCAAGUUUAGAGGGUACCGCCAGGAUAGGCACCAGAAUCUGACCCAGAAAUACAUGCCAAGAACGUUUGGAGGUCUAGUGGGCCAGAAUUUGGUAGCACAAGCUCUUUCAAAUGCUGUGGUAAAAAGGAAGGUUGGGUUUCUAUAUGUGUUCUAUGGACCUCAUGGCACUGGGAAGACCUCCUGUGCACGUAUUUUUGCCAGAGCUUUAAAUUGCCCGUCUAUGGAACAUCCCAAGCCUUGUGGCUUUUGCAAUUCUUGCAUUGCACAUGAUAUGGGUAAAAGUAGAAAUAUAAGGGAAGUUGGCCCUGUCAGUAAUUUGGACUUUGAGGGUAUUAUGAAUCUACUCGACAAUGUGAUUGCUUCCCAGCUGCCAACACAGUACAGAGUGUUUAUUUUUGAUGACUGUGAUACUCUGUCCCCUGAUUGCUGGAGUGCUAUAUCAAAGCUCAUUGAUCGAGCACCUAGACGCAUGGUUUUUGUUCUGGUCAGUUCAACUCUUGAUGUUUUGCCUCAUAUCAUCAUAUCCAGGUGCCAGAAAUUCUUUUUCCCAAAGUUGAAGGAUGCAGAUAUCAUCUAUACUUUGCAGUGGAUUGCGACUAAAGAAGAUCUCGAAAUUGAUAAGGAUGCGCUAAAACUUAUUGCAUCAAGAUCAGAUGGAUCUUUGAGGGAUGCUGAGAUGACUCUUGAGCAACUGAGUUUGCUUGGCCAGAGAAUCUCCGUUCCUCUUGUUCAGGAGCUGGUUGGGCUUAUCUCUGAUGAGAAAUUGGUAGAUCUACUUGACUUAGCAUUAUCUGCUGACACGGUUAACACUGUGAAGAAUUUGAGAGAAAUCAUGGAAACUGGUGUGGAGCCGUUAGCUUUGAUGUCACAACUUGCUACAGUAAUAACUGAUAUUCUUGCUGGUAGCUAUGAUUUCACUAAAGAAAGGCUUAGAAGGAAGUUCUUUCGACGACAAGCAUUAUCCAAAGAAGAUAUGGAAAAACUGCGUCAAGCUCUGAAGACUCUAUCUGAAGCUGAAAAACAACUGAGGAUGUCAAAUGACAAACUAACAUGGCUGACAGCUGCAUUACUUCAACUUGCUCCUGAUCAGCAGUAUAUGUUGCCUAGUUCUUCUGCAGACACUAGUUUUAAUCACAGUCCUUUGGUUCCAAAUAAUGCUAGUGGAAGAGAUAUGGUCAGGAAAGGCAAUGAUUCACACAACGAGAUGCCUAAUACUGAGAGAAGCUUGUCAACAAAUGUUAGGAUAGAGAAACUCCAGGCUGGAAGUUCUGGUGACAUCUUUGAUAAUGGUAUGAUGAAAUCUAGUAGUAUAGAUAGAAAAAAACAUGCUGGAUCUGGGAUGGCUCGUCAACAGUCAUCUGCACAUUCUGCUGAUACAAAUAGGUUAAGUGGCAAGCAGAUUCCAGGUAAAGUUCGUAAAGAAAUUGAAGAAAUUUGGUUGGAGGUGCUUGAGAAGAUUCAAGUUGAUACUUUAAAAGAGUUUUUGUACAAAGAAGGAAAGCUGAUUUCGGUCAGUAUUGGUGCAGCUCCAACUGUGCAGUUGAUGUUCAGUUCACAUCUAACCAAAUCCAAAGCAGAGAAGUAUAGGGGGCACAUCUUACGAGCUUUUGAAUCUAUUCUUGGGUCCCCAGUGACAAUUGAAAUCAGAUCUGAAUCAAGGAAAGAUGCAAAGGCAGGGGCUCAUGUGCCUCUUAUCUUUUCUGCUGCUAAGGAUCUUCCGUCUCAGAUGGUUACAAACCGAGGAAAUAUCACUGAUAACAGGCGGCAUCAGGCAGGAUAUGAUGAUAUUAACCAAAGGGUUCCAAAAGAUAGAGAUUUUCAUGGGGGUGGUUCAGCUCAAGGUCAGCUGUUGAAUGCUAACUCCCUCGAAAUGGGAAGAAGUGAAAUUGUUGAAAUAUUACCUUCUCCCAGGGAGCUGAAGUCUAAUGACCAUGUUGAUAACAAUGUUCAAUCUGAUAAAACAGGUUUAGAAAGUUCUUGGGCAGGGGAAGCAUCAUCUUCACAUAGGAAAUCUACCAUGGCUUCUGUCCCGGAAAGAAGAAAAUUUGGUGAACAAAGUCAUAGUCAGAGUCUAGUACGAAGCAAGGUAUCCCUUGCACAUGUAAUUCAACAGGCAGAAGGAUGUUCCCAGCGAAGCGGAUGGACAAAACGCAAAGCAGUUUCUAUCGCUGAAAAGCUUGAACAAGAGAACCUGAGAUUGGAACCUAGAUCAAGAAGUUUGCUGUGUUGGAAGGCAUCUAAAGUGACUCGUCGCAAGCUUUCACGUUUUAAAAUCAGGACACGGAGACCACAUUCAUUGCUCAAGCUUGUCUCCUGUGGGAAAUGCCUUUCUUCUAAAUCCCCAAGGUAAUACAAGAAAUAAAUUUGGAAGGCUCCUAAGGGUUUGGUGCACUAGUUCAUUUGUAUUCCUUGUAUUUAUCCAUGUUUCUGUUGUUACAAGGUCCAUUCCAUUAGUCAAAUCCUUUUCUUUUAAUAAGGUAUAGAUUAUCACAGACCAAAAUAGGUAGGAAAGAAAUGAUAUAUAGUACAGCCUCUUUCAAUGAAUUUUCAUUUAUUUCUGCAGCCAUUCAUGUUGUUUGGCCUCCUUCAUUUCAAAUAAUUGCAGUCUUUUGGUAAGGCCAUUUUGCCUCGGUGUAUAUGCAUGGCAAUUAGAGUUACCAUUAAUUUAAUGUCGUCGAAUAGAGCUGUAUAUUACAAUGAUAUAGCUACUGGUGAAGGUUACUUUGUUAUAAAGUCUGGUUGCAUGAGGGAUAACCUCUCUUAACGAUUCCAGAAAA